UCCGCGCGCGCGUUUCGUGAUAACGCGACGACGAGACGACCACGACCACCGCCGCCGCCGCCACCGAUGCCGCCGUCGGCUAUGCACUCAGUACGCGUUUGAUAUCCGUCCCCGGUGCAACUGCAGCCGUUCCGUGUUCUCCACACGUGACCACGCGUUCGUUGCCAGACCGGCCGUGCGCACAAUAUUGUACACUUACAAUAUUAAAAAUAAUAAUAAAAACAACCCGACGGUUUAUAUCAUUAAUUACACAUGCGAACCAUACGGUGCACUGUCGUUGUUUGGAUUUUUUUUUAAAAAGAAAAAUACCGCUGACGAAACGGACACCGUAAAAUCACACGGCAGUGAUACGUUAUCAUAUUUUCAUAACGAUUAGCGAUAUUAUUAUUAUUUUUUUUUUUUUAAUUUAAAUUUUUAUCCGAUCGCGAUUUCCCUGACGGGAAAUCCCGAAACGGCUACACGCUGCAGCCGUUGUCGCCACCGACGUCGCCUACUCCGCCUUCACCAUUUCAACGUAGUAAUUCACACGCUAAGAUGGAGCAUUCGCCGUAUUCGCAAAGUCCGAGUCCAUCAUCGUCAUUGGUAAACUUUCCGACACCGACAAACUUACCAGAUAUCAGAUUACACAGACCAUUUAGUCAGAUGCACGACCUCAAGCACCUACACAUCCCGUUCAAUAUGCGGUUCAUGGAGAACUACCCGGCGCUGCCCGCGCACUUGCUGCACCAUCUGCAGCCGCCGUUCUUGCAUCCGGCGCUGGACCCGCGGGUGUCGUUUUCGCCGGCGGGCGUGUUCCAACCGCUCGGCUCGCCGAGUCCACACCACCAACACCCGCACCACCAACAUCAUUCGCAUCACGCGGCCGCAGCGGCCGCGGCCAGCCUCAAGGGGUUCACUUCGGCGUUCGCACCGCCGUCCAAAUGCUACAAAAUGGACGACAAACAGACAUCGCACGCCGAAGGAGCGGCGCAACAACAACAACAACAACAACAACAGCAGUCGGGUUCGCUCCAACAGCACCAUCAACAACAGCAGCAUAAACUCCAGCAGCAGCAGCAACAACAACAACAACAACAACAACAACAACAACCGGUGCCACCGUCGUUUCCUUAUCCGCCGAGGAGGAGUCCUUGUUCACCGGGCAACAUGCCCGUGUCGCCGCCGUCGUCCAGUGCAGCGGCGUCAAUGCACCAGCAGCACAAGGACGAGUGCUCGGACAGGGACACGCCGAGUUCGGGUGCGGUCUCCGAAGACGGCAGGAUGAUCAGAAGGAAAAAACUGUCGCCGCCCAUGACGACAGCCGCGCCGUCGACGACACCGGGACCGGCCAACGGAAGUGGCUCCACGGCGGCCACCGCGACGACGGCCACCGUCAACAACAACAACAACCACAGCAACAACAACAACAACGGGUCGUCAUCGAUCAAACAGCAGCAGCAGCAGCAGCAGCAGCAGUCAUCGGCCGGUGGCCAACAGUUGAUGUCCGCGGCCGCGGCGGGUUGCUGUCCCGUGUGCGGUACGGCGCUCCGCACGGCCCACGAGCUCGAGUCACACUUUAUAUGGGAACUGGAACGGCUGUACAAGCAGGCAGCCGUGGCAGGACGACGGCACCGGAGAGGCACGCCCGACAAGUUGAGCGACAGCCACCACAUGCACGGUCUCAUGGUAUGUCCAAGGGAUGGCGGCCGACUGUCGCCAGUGGCCGGCGGCAGCAGCAGAGACGCGACGUUGCACGGCCGAUGGGAGACUUAUCAAAAAGUCAAAGCUAAUCGACACAACCGGUUGAGGAUCAAAAAUCGGAAACGAAAACCCGACGAGAUGCUGCUGACGCCGUCACCGGCGACCUGCUGCUGUCCCGUUUGUAGCGAGCCCGUGGCCGCGGCCACCCAGGAACAGAUGAACGCUCACGUGGAAAUGUGCCUCAGGAACAAAGGACAUCCAUCAGUGGCGACAGCUGGUAACGACGACGAAGACGAGAACGUGGACGUGGAAGGCGACGCCGAGACGACGAUGUACGACAUCGUAUACGGCGGCGGAAGUAGCGUAUGGCACGGCCAACAGCCGCACAGCAGGAUGAGACAGCAGCCGAUGCUCAUGCACGGUGGCGGAUACAACAGAGGUGCCGCAGCCGUGGCGAUCAACUGCACCGGAAAUCUGGCGCAGCAGCCGCCGCCUAGACAAUCAGCGACCGUUGGCGAAGACUCGACCGGUGGUGCCGAAGACGCAGUGUUGGUGGUCGACGACAACGAAAACGAAAACGGCGGCAGCUUAUACAACAAGCUGAACGAUCCGAACGCGAUGGAGGCAAUGGACUCGUGCGAAAACGUCGGACCGCUGGACGUGUCGAUCAAAAAGGAAAACACACAAGACGAAGGGACAGUGAAACCCAAAAUGGACGUUGACAAGUACUGCGCACAGUUCAACAACAACGGUCAGGUCGUCGAAGCGCUAAAAGCUCGGAUCCGGGAACUGGAGUCGAUGUCCAAAACCGGAAGCGACAAGUUUACUUGUCUGUUGUGCAAAGGAAAUUUCAAAGAUCCCGUCGUGUCGACGUCGUGCUGGCACGUGUACUGUGAAGUAUGCUGGCUACAGAUACUGGGUGCUAAAAAGCUGUGUCCGCAGUGUUACGUGAUAACGCUUCCGUCCAACUUGCGUCGUGUUUACCUGUAAAUCGGUCGGAGGGCAUUUGCAAGACGAGCCGACGGCGGAGGACGUGGCUGAAAAUGUCUCGGGUGGGCUCACCAAAGCGUCCUCGCGUCAUGAUAUUGUAUAUUUAUUUGUAAAUUAUUUCAUUGUGAUUUUUAUUUUACCCGGUUUUCCGUGUGUUCUCUUUCCGGUUUCGUUUCCAAAUUAUUAUUACUGUGUACAAACAUCGCAACGAUKUACUUAUUAUAUACUUUACACCCACGUCCCACACUAUAUCCUACGUGGUUGACGCGCGGCCUUAGGUCGCACCUAAUCGCCGCACAGCGAACGAUGUGCCCCUCUGUACAUAAUGUAAUAUAAUUUAAUAUGUGCACRUGA